AUGAAACUUAAUUUUGAAUUGAAUCCUAAUAAUUGUGUUACUUUAUAUGAGAGAUAAUAAAAAUAUUUAACAGACUAUUGUAUAUCAAAUGAUUAAACAAAUAUUUUUGCUAUUUAUCAUCCUAGAAUUAUUAUUGGAUGGAGAACUAAAGAUCUUUAUAAAUUCUUUAAUAAAACUUCUACAUUAAAUGAAUUAUCUAAUAUUGUUAUCAAUAAUAACUACAUAUGUGUUGCUAGUUUUAAGUCAUCAACUGUAAUUGUUAUCAAUAUAUAUUAAGAAAAAGAGGAAAUUAAUUUAAGACAUCGAAAUUCCUAUAUUCAAUCCAUUACCUUUAGUGAAGAUUCUAAAUAUUUGUUUACCUUAAAUUAAGAUAAAAUUUUAGCUAUUUGGAAUUACAAAAGAGAAGAGCUCUUAAGUCAAGUUAAAUUGGAAUAAAAUUUUAGAUAUCUUAUAAUUAAUUAACUAACAAUUAAAACAACUAUUCAAUUGAUUAAUAAAAGUAAGAUAAUGAGAAGAUUUCGUAAUGAAAUUAAAAAUGAUUUCAAAUUUAAAGAUUCUUAAAUUUCUCUUUGCGAUGAUUUUUAUUUAGAAAUUUUAAAAAAUGCUUCAAUUUAAUUAAUUUCUUUGCAAACAUAAAAAAUAAUUCGAAAAAAAUAAAAUUUACUGGGACUAUCUUGUAUUAAUUUUAUAAACAAUAAUAAAUUUUUCUAUAUUAUAUUUCAAAAUGGUAAUAUACUUUUAUUUUAAACAUCCACUAUGAGAUUAAUUGGUAUUAUUAAAAAUAUAUAUAAUUAUACGAAUAUCUAAGUGACAUAUAUUAAAAAUAAAAUUGCUAUUUUAGGAAAUAAUUUAUUUGGUUUGAAACUGUGGAUAGUUCAAUGA